AAGCCGACGGACUUCCAUAAAAGUCGGUGCAUCUCAAGCGUCUGCUCCACGAUUGUUCCUGUGGUGUUCUUCUGAAGUGCACCUGUGUAGAGACACAACGAUGCAGACCCAUACACAGAAUCUCUCGUCUCUUCUGAUUGCUGUGGGGACUCUGUUGUCCGGACUGCAUGGUGCUAAAUGGGCGUACACUGGUCCCGACGGUGAGCACCACUGGUCCAAGCACUACCCAUUCUGUGGAGGAACAUUCCAGUCACCCAUAGACAUCCAGACCCAGCUGCUGAGGUUUGACCCAACACUACGUCCAAUCGAGCUCCAGAACUACAACCUCUCAGCCAAUGAGCAGCUGACCCUCGGGAACAAUGGACACUCCAUUCAGCUGUCCCUACCCAGGAGGAUGUAUCUGUCCAGCCUGCCUCACCGUUACACUGCUGCUCAACUCCACUUCCACUGGGGCUCAGAACACCUGCCUGUCGGAUCAGAACACACCGUCAACGGCAGACAGUUUGCUGCCGAGAUGCAUAUGGUGCUCUUCAACUCAGACAAGUACCCCAACAUCUCUGUGGCAGCAGACAAGUCAGAUGGCCUGGCUGUACUGGGAGUUCUGAUAGAGGUCGGGGAAUUCAACCCAGCGUUCGCUCAGUUCCUCAAGUACAUCAAUGGUAUUAAAUACAAAGAUCAGAGGGUGCAGGUCCCAGCCUUCAACAUCCGCAGUCUGCUGCCUGUACACUUGGAUGAAUACUACCGUUAUGAUGGCUCGUUGACCACUCCCCCCUGCUAUCCCAGCGUGCUUUGGACUGUGUUCAAAAACCCUGUCACCAUCUCACUCAAACAGUUUCUGGCCCUAGCAACGGCCAUCUACUCCUCCCACCAACAGGAGUCGGCCCCAGUGGCCAUGAACAGCAACUACAGGAAACCACAGUACACGGACAACAGAGUUGUGCUCUGCUCUUUCCAGGGGGGCAGAGGACUACAGGGUGCUACUCAGACGGUCACCUCUCAGUUCCUGAGGAGGCAGGUCAUCAACCAGCUGUUAGAUGGAGACCUGGCAGAUCUGGCAGACCAGGAUGGGCUCAACCAGCUGUUAGAUGGAGAUCUGGCAGAUCUGGCAGACCAGGAUGGGCUCAACCAAUUAUUCCCAUCUCCCUGGAAGAACCAACAGAACAGGCAACCUGUGUGGAAGUCAGGUCUGAGCGAGGACAUGCUGUGUUACGUCUCCUUGGAGCAGGAUGUGUCUCGCCAGCUGAGCAGAGGGAGAUCCCCUACCCAUACAGACACCCAGCUGGUCCAGGCUCUCAGAGAAACUCUGUUCCCAGAGCUCAACCUGCGCAGCUACCUGGGCUGUAAGUCUGACCUGGCUCUGUUCACCAUCAGACAGCUCCUCCGGGGGAGAUCAGCCACAGAUGAGGCCCUGGAGCUGGACCAGGCCAUUGUCAAGGCCUUGGGGGGGACAGGGCAGAGAGGCUCCACAGCACAGCAAACAGGCUUCGCUUCUGCCCCUGCUGCCGUGCCUAAGAAACCCAAUCAGCCAAUCCCAUGGCUCCAGCCUAUGGAGUGGGAGGACUAGAGUCCAGCCAGAUGUGUAACCUUUAGACCCUGAAUCUAUAACGAGUGUAACCACCAUCAGCCACACCCUCAGCUCAAUCUACAGUCACGAGUGAAAAUUGACACAACCUUUGUGCUGUCUUCAAAAAAAAUGUUUCCUUAAAAUCUAAAACGGGAUUAAAGUGAUUUUUUUCACC